UCAAUUUUGAGGGAAUUCUCGGAACCUGUAAUAAAGAACAGAAACAACAGGAGGAUCAAGACAAAUCAGAAUUAGAGAAACAAGGAAGGGGUUUAAGUACUCUCUGCUACUUUAUCUCUGGUACGAUUCUUCAACUCAUACCUACUUCCCUCAAACUUGCAGCUCAAAAAAUUCACUCAUUUCCGCAAUUUUCAAUCUUUUGCUUUGAAAUUUUCGGGGUAUUAAAAAAAGUCUCUCUUUUUCUUAAAAAUAAUUAGGUUGCCCACUUUUUCUUUUUCAAUUCUGUCUGUCUUUUUCUUUCUAGGUGUUUGCUUAUGCUUGUAAAUGCUUACAUGGUUCUGGGUCGCUUAAAAGUGUGUAACUUUAAGUGAUUUCGACACUCUAAUUUGAAGCUGGACAAUGACUUCCAUACCUUCAAAAAACUUAUGGAUUAGGAGGCAACAAUGCCCUUGUGGGGAUUGGAAGUGUUACAUUACAUAUGAGGGUGAUUCUGAUGAAGGUUCUAGAGCAGAAGAAUUGGUAAAGGCAGAAAAAGCUUCAUCCGGUGCCAUGAUCACCCCAUAUGUUGGAAUGGUAUUUAAGAGUGAUGAUGAAGCUUUUGAGUAUUAUGGCAAUUUUGCUAGAAAGAAUGGGUUUUCUGUUAGGAAGGAAAGGUCUAGGGUUAGCCCCCAGUUGGGGAUUUACAAGCGUGACUUUGUUUGUUACCGUUCUGGAUUUGCCCCGGUGAAGAGGAAGGCCAAUGGAGAACAGCAUAGAGAUAGGAAAUCGGUUAGGUGUGGAUGUGAUGCGAAAAUGUAUCUGUCUAAGGAGGUGGUUGAAGGUGUUUCCCAGUGGUUUGUUGUGCAAUUCAGCAAUAUCCACAAUCAUGAGCUAUUGGAAGAUGACCAAGUGCGCCUUCUUCCGGCUUAUCGAAAGAUUCACGAGGCCGAUCAAGAGCGCAUACUAUUGCUUUCUAAAGCAGGGUUUCCAAUACAUAGGAUAGUGAAGAUGCUAGAGCUGGAAAAGGGGAUUCAAGGUGGGCAAUUGCCCUAUUUGGAGAGGGAUGUGAGGAACUUUGUUCAAAACCGUAAGAAGGUUGUUCAAGAGAACGAGGCAUUGCUCAGUGAGAAGAGAGAAAACGAUCUAUCAGAACUUCUUGAGGCCUGCAAAGCCAUGAAAGAAGUUGAUGUUGAUUUUGUUUAUGAUUUUACAGUGGAUGAGAAUGAUAAAGUUGAAAAUGUAGCUUGGUCAUAUGGUGACUCUGUUAAUGCAAAUGCUAUGUUUGGGGAUGUAGUUUAUUUCGACACGACAUAUCGAUCAAUCACUUAUGGAUUGCUCUUUGGAGUGUGGUUUGGUAUUGAUAGCUGUGGCAGAACCAUCUUUUUCGGUUCUGUUUUGUUGCAGGAUGAAACUCCUCAGUCCUUCUCAUGGGCAUUGCAGACUUUUGUCCGAUUCAUGAACGGAAGAUGUCCACAAACAAUUCUAACUGAUCUUGACCCCGGCCUUAAAGAUGCCAUUAGAAGCGAAUAUCCAGGAACUAAACAUGUCAUUCCACCAUGGAAUAUUCUAUACAAGGUACCAAGUUGGUUUUCUCUUCAUGUUGGGCCACGCUAUGCAGAAUUUAAAUCCAUGUUUGAUGCAUUAAUUCAAAUUGAGAAUACCGAGGAGUUUGAACUACAGUGGAGAGACAUGAUUUCUGUGUUUGGAUUUGGUUCAGAUAAACACAUUGGUUUACUGUAUUCUGUUCGAGCAUCCUGGGCACAAUCCUAUGUGAGAGGUUACUUUCUAGCUCGAAUGUCUACAAUAGCUUACUCAAAAUCAAUAGAUGCUUUUCUGAAAGGGAUCUUCGCUGCACAAACAUGUUUGCGUAGCUUUUUCGAGCAGAUUGGCAUUUCUGCGAACAUCCAACAUCAAGCGCAUCAGGAGACUCACUAUAUGCAUCUGAAAACUUGCAUACCUGUUGAAGAGCAUGCACGGAGUAUCCUCACGCCUUUUGCUUUUAAUGCUUUGCAGCAAGAGUUAUUGCUGGCCAUGCAAUAUGCUGCAUCUGAUAUGGCCAAUGGAUCAUAUAUUGUGCGGCAUUUCAAAAGUAUGGAUGGAGAACGGCUUGUAAUAUGGUUGGCCGAAGACGAACAAAUUCACUGCUCUUGCAAGGAAUUUGAAUCCUCUGGGAUAUUAUGCAGACAUGCUCUUCGUGUGUUCAUCUUAAAGAAUUACUUUCAGCUGCCUGACAAAUACUAUUUAAGCAGAUGGAGACGGGAAUGUACUUUACUGAUUGAUGAUGAUCACAACAAUCAAAUUACUGAUGGGGAGUGGUUUCAAGAGUACCAGUCCCUAGCCGAAACUUUAUUUUCAGAAUCCUCGAUAACAAAGGAACGAUCUGACUAUGCUCGAAGUGAACUGACAAAAGAACUUACCAGGAUUCUCACUGAGGUCAGAAAUCUGCCGGACACCGAUGGAGUCCUAAUGAACAUGACUGUAUCGCCGACCAGUUAGUUAGAAGUGUUGGUUUUUAUAUACAUGAUUACAUACUAUGCUAGUUUGAAAAGAGUUGCAAAGCAGAGAAUGGCAGAACAGUAAGUUUUGAAGGGAAAAUUGCCAAAACACUUUCAGCAUGCGUUUGAAAUGGCUAAUUUACAUGUACACAUGUACAUUGAUAUGAUUUUUCUUGUAUCAUUUUUACAUCAUUGUCUUCUCAAAUCCAUGAAAUAUUUAUGAUUUUGCUCAAGAUUACAAUAAGUGCCCUGAGCUAUCUGUUUGGUUGGAUAAUAGAUAAUGAAAGUGAAUAUUGUAGUGUGUUGAGGAUACUUCCAUUGUUGAAUUAGUUGAGUAAAAUUUAGUUAUCAUCUAGUUGAGUCAGUUUUUCUA